AUGGUGUAUAGCCGCCCGGCGGAUUUUAAUGGUACAGCCGAACGGCUGUACGCUUUGAAUAGCAUAAUCUUGAUUUCUCUUUUGAAUAGCCAAGUGGAGUUGCAAAGGCGAUUUUCUCCUCCUUCGGAUGGUAGCGUUCCCAGGCUAAUCCAUCAAAGCUGGAAACAAGAUGUGUCUGAUGAUGUCCUUUCCCAUCCGAUUUAUUGUACCAUGAAGGAAGUUGGGCUAAAUUUGGAUGCAUGGCCCAAGGCCUAUGAGGACAUCUCCCUCUACCUUUUCAUGAUGAACAAUCACUGUCAUUUCGACCAAAUGAAAGGCACACAGCUUGGGGAUAUAAUGGGAAAUCUUGGUUAG